AUGGUAACUGCUAUAGCUGCUCAACAAUCCUUAUGCUAGCCAAAAAAUCGUAUCCAAUGCUUAUUUUCUAAUUUGUGUUAAUGGAAUACAAAUGGAAUUUGUGUUGAAUCUGAAGUGAAUGAAAUCGUCUAAUGUCACACUUUCAUUAAUUCAGAUGAAUGUGGACAAUAUUCAACUUGUACUUGGAAUGGCUUAACCUGUAAUAGUACUUUUGAUUGCAAAACUGAAGAAAAAUUCUAUAUGUGUAAAUCACACAGAGAAUGUUAAUGGGUCGAUGGUGAAGGCUGCGUAAAUAGGAGCAAUGAUACUUUCACUUGCAGUACUGUUGAAAAAUUCUAUAUGUGUAAAUCACACAGAGAAUGUUAAUGGGUCGAUGGUGAAGGCUGCGUAAAUAGGAGCAAUGAUACUUUCACUUGUAGUACUGUUGAAAAAUUCUAUAUGUGUUAAUCACACAGAGAAUGUUAAUGGGUCGAUGGCAAAGGCUGCGUAAAUAGGAGUAAUGAUACUUUUUCUUGCAGUACUGUUGACAAAUUCUAUAUGUGUUAAUCACACAGAGAAUGUUAAUGGGUCGAUGGUGUAGGCUGCCAAAAUAGAUCAUCAUGA